GCCUCCUUUCCCUGGCGUCUAAGCUGCCAUAACCUGGUGAAAUGAGGUUCAGUUUGGUUCCCAAUAUUCUCGCGUUCAGCACGGAGCAGGUUUCUCUCUCCUGAACACUGUUGUUACACAUCUUAGCCGGAUUCUUAAUAUUAAAAAUGAUGAAAGCGAGAAAAAACAAUUACUCUAAUGCUUUUGAGGAUGAAUCAAGUCAAUCUACCUCAGACGACGAUGAGUUAAUGGACUCGGAGAGUGAGGUAAACACAGCUCUGAGGGACGACUCUCUGAAAGGAAGAAAAACCGCUGUGUUUGAGAAGCUGACGCAUAUUCCCAGUAAACCUAUCCAACCUCAAAGCCAAAUAUCAGUGACUAAGCAUGACAUCAGUACUGGUAAUAUAAGCUCCUCGGUUGAAUCGAAACGGAAACGACAAGGAGCUACAGCGAGAGAGCGAAAUCUUCGGCGUCUGGAAAGUAAUGAAAGGGAGCGACUGCGAAUGCAUGGCCUGAAUGCUGCGUUUGAGGAGUUAAGAACUGUGAUUCCUCACAUCCAAGUGGAAAGAAAGCUGUCGAAGAUCGAGACAUUAACGUUAGCCAAAAAUUAUAUAAUGGCUCUUACAAACGUGAUUUGCGACAUGAGAGGGGACAAAAAGCCUUAUAGUUUUUGGGACUCAACGUGUUUAAGAUAUUUGCACUUGGGACAACCCUCUUCCAGGACUUUUGGAAUCGUUAUCUCUUACGUUUUUGUAAAAAGAAUUUGAAUCAUACGCAUGAAUUCUCUUCGCCUGCACAUGACAAUACGGGAUUUUGAUUAUAUAACGCACGACACUAGUGUAAUUCUCACUGUUUUGCCUUUCCCAUUUCCUUACCCGAUUGAUAGUUGUUUGGCUUGCGUGCUUCCACGCCCGAAGAAACAGUUCUCAAUGCGCUUAUAGGCCUACACUGCUCUUUUUUUUACAAAUUAAAUCUAUGGUUUUGCUUGACAUUGCCUGCUCAAAAUAUCUGAAUUUGGAAAUUGGAGUCCCAGAAUAAUCCUUUUUCGCAUUUCAUGGUAACAUUUAGAAAUUUUGAGUUGGCUGUCAUGUUAACCGCAAUAAUUUAUUCAAAGGCCGAAAUUUGUAAAUAAGGUUAAAAUUAUUCCACUAAGAAAAGUAGACCCUACAGAUCAAUCGGGAAUCAACGAAUAGUUGGCUCAACAACAGAAAUAAAACCAAAACCCCGGGGUUUGAGGGAAUGUAACUCGGAUUUCUGUUUAGUUUUUAACUGCAGGAUUAAUUGUGGGGUUCAACGAAACAAAAAUGAGGCUUAUAAAAAUACUUUCUCUGCAUGCGGUUUUGUUAGUUUUCCCUCUUCUCCUUAUAAUCGAAGUAUAGAGUGCACCGGGUCCGACAAUGAGGCAAUUAGGCAUUCAUGCACUUUCUGAGAUAAAAUUUGAAUAGGCUGAGAAGAAUGACAUCUAGUUUAGUGGCAGAGUUGUUCUAAGACAUAGGAAACAGCAAGGAGAUGCGAACCGUCAAGAUGGAAAAACAAAAUAUACUCUUGUUAUAUUGGAAUGUAUAGAACAAGUGACUGACGCGUACCCCCUACUGUUUUGCGAACGCACCUUACUAUUUUAAGAGAGAAAUUGCGGUUGGCGGC